AUGGCGCCCAUGUCCACUUCGUCGGCGCUGGUGACGUCGUCUUCACCCGCUGCGCCGCCUCCCGAGGAAGACGCCGAACUGCCCGUGGACCUGUCGCAACUGCCAUCCAUCCCCGCGGCCAAGUCUUUGCUGCUGAUCAACAAUUUCGUGGCCAACACCACGCGAUUCCUCAAUCAUUUUGCACACGAGUGUGAGGAGCGAAUCACCCGCGUAUCGGACAAUGUCACAAGAGUCGAGAUCUUAUUGGCUAUUUUAGAAGCCAAAUUGAACAGCAUUCCAGAUCUGAAUGUUUCAGAUGCCGCAGUCAAUGGCGACGAUGGAAAUCUCAACCUGAACGCGAACCAGAUGGAUCUAGGCAUUUCUGAUCAAGACCUGCCAUCUAUGGAGGCCAAUGGGACGCCAUUGCCACCGCCUCCACCCCCUCCAGAGGAAGAAGGGGCUUUUAAUGAGAAAGUGCCACCUCCACCACCUCCACCGUCAAUGGACGGAAUGGAUGGAGCCUUAAUACUGCCCCCUCCUCCACCUUCGUCGCCUUCAGGCUCAAUGCCUCCGCCUCCGCCUUCAUCUAUGGGAGAUUUCGAUGAGGACGAUAAGGAUCAAGGUGAAGUGAAGGAGAGUGAUGGUCCUCCAGUGCUGAAGCUGAAGGAUGACCCAGUGUACGCCAAGUACUUUACGAUGCGCAGACUAGGCAUCCCAGAGCAGGUGAUUGAGCACAAACUCAUGAUGGACGGAAUGGACACCAACAUUCUGAAUAUGGACCCAGAAGGACCCUCACCCAGUGGAGGACUGGCUCCGACGAUGGAGUCGGAGCCCACGGGACCAAUUCUGCCGAUUAUGGCGCCUCCUCCGCCAGCAUCGGACAGUGAGAGUGAGUCUUCAGACGAUGAGAGGAUGGAGCUGCCUCCCCCACCGCCGUCACUGUCCGAGCCGAGAAAUACUGAACGCCGACCGUCGGGGAACAUUGGAAUGCCAUUCCCACCGCCACCACCGCCGAUUUCACCCACGUCGUCCGUUGGUGGACCAGCCUCGCUGUUCGGUGACGGACCUCCAGCCCCGCCUCCACCACCUCCUCCGUCUUCGACUGGUCGUCCAGCUCCUCCUGUAAGUGAGAUGGAGAGCUCCAGCGACGACGAUAUUGAAGAAUUCGACGUCGAUGAUACACCACCGGCCUCUGCUGACUCUGGUGUGAUGAAACUCAAGGAUGACCCUGCGUUUGAAAAAUACUUUAAAAUGCGGAAGUUGGGAAUGCCCGACGGCGUCAUUCAGCACAAACUCAUGAUGGAUGGUGUUACACUUGACAUUCUAAACAUGGAUCCGGAAGGCCCAUCUCCUAAUGCCACGGGUGCAGAUCCAGCGGCUCCAGUGGCUGCACCAGCAGUAUCUGACCAGCCUCCACUUCCUCCCGGGUUACCGCCACCGCCACCGCCACCAGCACGGCCAGCUGGAGGCCUACCACCACCUCCUGUGAAGAGAUACGAUGACUCUGACUCUGAUUUUGACUCUGACUGA